CCAUUCUCCGAUGCCCCGAACUCCGGACUGCGACAAGACUAAUUUCCUGAUAUCAAACAGGUGAGAUCCGCAGCUUAGAGGAAUAUCUACCGGAGAAGCCAAGAUAAUCAAUAUCGAUAGUACUCGAAGCAUAUCUACUCAUCAAAAGUCUCAAGAGGGUGGCCCGCCGACAAUUGCUUGGCAGCUGCACGCCCCCUACCCCGCAUGAUCUGCACCAGCAUCUUCGGCGCAUUGUUAGCACUCAUAACCUGCUGCGCACGAGCUGCCCUGGCUUAUCGGUGCCGACGGUCGGACUGCCGUCGAGAUGCUUAUCGUGAGGACAACAUGGCGAGAUUACAUGCAUUGCCAUUAAUGGCAUAGGUUUUAAAAGAUUGUUCAUAGAAGCCAGCACUGUCUCCCCUGGUGGACUGUUAGUGCAAAUUGGGAUGCUUGCUCUCUACACCCUGUUAUCGAUUUUGAUUCUGAACAUGCCCAAGAUGUUCUUUUCAUGCAGUUUUGUCAUUGUUACAUAAGGCAUCAGAAUAAAAUGGUAAGGCACACCAGCGACAGGGUCAUCUACUACAAGGGCGCUCCCUGAUU